GAAAUAAUGAAAAUACUAGAUUCUUCACACAAAAUUAAUACUAAAAACAUAUUUUAUUCAUACGAGAACGAACUUAUCAGUUAGUUUACAGCUUAUUGUUUUAAGGGUAUUGAAAAUUGUAUCAUUGACCUUAUUGGUUUGUCGCGUAAUAGAGGUUGUUUAAGGUUCCUGGGAUGUUUGGCGUUCUCGUUCGACGUCUAAGUACUUCUACUCCGGUGUUGACACUUAUACAGCCUCCUGUUCAAGUGUUCGGUCUAGAAGGACGUUAUGCUUCUGCUUUAUAUUCAGCUGCUACAAAACAAAAAGCAUUAGAUAAAAUCGAAAAAGAUAUUCAAUUAAUUAAGAAUACACUUAAAAAAGAUGUGAAAUUACAUGAAUUUUGUCUUGAUCCAAGUUUACAAAGAGCAACUAAAAUUAAUGGAAUUGCUCAAGCAUUAGACAAAUUAAAAGUGAAUGAUGCUACGAAAAAUUUAUUUGUUAUACUUGCUGAAAACGGUCGUUUGUCUAAAAUUAAUUCAGUUAUUGACAAAUUUGAACAAAUUAUGACUGCCUAUCGAGGUGAAGUUAGCUGUACUGUACGAACUGCAAAACCUCUAGAUAAAACAUUAGAAAAUGAAUUACGGAAUGCCCUUAAUGGAUUUUUAAAACCUGGCGAAAAAUUACAGUUAACUUUAGAGAUCGAUCCAUCGAUUAUUGGUGGUAUGGUAGUUAGUAUCGGUGAUCGUUUUGUUGAUAUGUCAAUUGCUCGAAAGGUUCGCUCACUUCGCGGAAUAAUGGAACAACCAAUUUAAAAAGUCAUAUAGGUCGAAUUUUGAAAAAAUAUAUAUAGUUAUAUAUAAAUAUACAUUGGAUCAUUUGACUUGUAGUCUACUAUGUAAUUAAUAAUAAUUACCUUUGAAAAAACGUUUGUAUGAUAGUGUUAUCUUCAUUCUGAAUAUGUUUUCAAUUAGUCAUAAGAAAUGCAGCAUUUAGCUUAUAUAUGCUUUGAUCCAAGUUGAGGUAAGACAUUAACACCGUUGGAUGCCGGCUCAGUGGUCUAUCGGUUAAGUGCUCUGGCGCAAGACCGGUAGGUCCUGGGUUCGAAUCUCGCGAAGCGGGAUCGUGUAUGCGCACUGCUGAGGAUUCCGAUACUAGGACGAAACGACCAUUCAGUGCUUCUAGGUUUUCCUUGGUGGUCUAGCUUCAAUUG